GGUAUAGUUAAUGUAGUCCUCCAAAUCGUCUUCGUUUUUAGAAACACCGUCAGUUAUAAUGCGGUUUCGAUCGGUGAGAGGUACUCAACGAUGUAAUUAUUAGAUUUUUCGCCGAUGAACAACGUGAUAAUUUGCGUAAAUAUGUCGUGAAUUUAAAUAAGUUGGGUACCUUCUUCAAAUGGAAAAAUUUGGAAAAUAUUUAAAUAAGAUUUUCGCAGUAACGUGAGUGCUAUAGACUAUUUCAGGAGAUCAAUUUUACAUAUAAACCGUGGAGACAUUUUACGUUACAAAACUUCAUCAUGGUCGGAGGUCGUGUAAAAACAAUUGAGAAAAUAUCACUAAUUGAAGCAGCACAAAUGGGUAUUCCUACAAUUGAUGAAUAUGGCGCUACAGUAAUGGAAACCAAAGACAGAGGGGUUGCGAUGAUAUGGAAGAAUUUAAGAGUCAUCGCUGAUAUCAAGGAUCAGCAUAUAUUUCGAAAUGCUACUCAUACUUUCAAAGAGAUAAUUCAUCGGGUGAAUGGAUAUGUGGAACCGAACAGUUUGGUUGGAAUUUUGGGAGCAAGCGGAUCGGGGAAAAGUACUCUAAUGUCAGUGUUGGCAAACAGACAACCACGAGGUUUGAGAGUAGACGGAGAUAUACGAAUAAAUGGACAAAACGUACAAUUUGAAUUAAUGAAAGCGAUUUCUGGAUUCGUUUAUCAAGACGAUUUAUUCAUUCCUACCUUGACUGUUUUGGAACACUUGAAUUUAGCUGCGCAAUUGAAAUUAGAUAGAAGGACAACCAUCGAAUAUCGCAAAAAACUGGUCAACAGGUUAUUGGUAGAUGUAGGAUUGAUGAAAUGUGCCAAUUGUUUGAUUGGAAUUUCGAAUUUCGGAGAAGGAAAGUUAAACUUAUCAGGAGGUGAAUUGAAACGAUUAUCAGUAGCUACAGAAUUAUUAACAGAUCCUCCGUUGCUAUUUUGUGAUGAACCUACAACAGGUUUAGAUUCCUACGCUGCCUUGAAUCUGAUGAAGGUCAUGAGAAAAAUGACAAAUCAGCGAGGUAAAACGAUAAUUUGCUCGAUUCACCAACCUAGUAAGCUGAUAUUUGACUUGUUCCAUCAGAUUAUUUUGCUGCAUGAUGGAAAAAUUGCGUUCAGCGGGAGUACCAAAGAUGCUUUGACAUUUUUUCAAAGCAUUGGUUUCAUUUACAAUGAAGAACAAAAUCCAGCAGACUUCUUAGUCAAAAGUUUAGCUGUAGUUCCUACAAAUCAAUUACAAUCUGCCAACAAAGCGACAGACAUUUGUUUGAAAUUUGAGAAAAGCCAAUACGCUAAAUAUGCGUAUGAUCGUAUUGAACAAGUAUGUCGCUCAAAGAGUCAAAAAAUCAGUACACCGGAAAAAAACGAACGUAUUUCAUGGUUUUACAUGCUCUAUUUGAUGAUUUAUCGAGAUGUACUUGGUACCAUUAGGGAUUCAUCUAUACAAACCAUAAGGAUCGUCAAUAAAUUGGUAUUCUCUUUAAUUUUAGGAUUUUGUGUGAUGAGAACUCCUGUGAUGACUCAAGGAAGUAUCCAAUCCUUGAAAGGAGUCCUAUUCCUAAUGGUGACUGAAAAUUUCUUCCCACCGUCGAGAAACAUGAUCAGUCAUUUUCCAAAUAAAAUAUUCCUGUUCCUUAGAGAAUACGCCAACGAUAUGAACACACCUUUAAUUUUCUAUUUGUCAUCCGUCGUUUCACUGAUUCCUGGAUUCUUAAUAGAUCCACUAAUAUCCACAGUUUUAUUAUACGUGUUGCUGGAACUACGAUAUUGUUGGUUCGCUUUCCUAGGAACUAUAACAGUGUGUGUUUUAGUUUUCAACACUUCGGCUAUAUUUGGUAUAUUUAUAUCAAUGCUCACAGACAGCGUUUUCGUCACCGAAUCGAUAAACUCUACCAUAGACACCUUUUUUUUGUCAUUUUCUGGCGUAUUUAUGAAUGUUCGAUCAAUUCCCGCAAUUUUCUCCUGGAUAAGACAUAUUUCAUGGAUGACGUUCGCGGUAGAAGCGUUGUUAAUAUUGCAAUUAAACGGAAUAGAGACAAUAGAAUGUUCGGAAGUGCCUUCCGCACCAUGCUUAAGAAAUGGAGAAGAGGUGCUAGAUUUUUUGGGUUUUAAUAGCAAUAAUUUUGAAAGAAACAUAACAAUGAUGUGUUACAUUUAUUUAAUUCUUCAUGUUCUCAGCUUUGUCACACUGAGAUUUAAAAUUUAUAAUAAAACUAAUCGAUAAUUG